CGCCCGUCGCUCUCCACAGGACGCAUCAUGGCUCCCAAACCGCAAGACGUUGAACACAUCGCGGUCUUGGUUCACGGCUUCUGGGGAACGCCCGAUCACCUUCGCUACGUCCGAGACACACUAGAAGCACAACAUCCAGAAGUUCACAUCCUGGUGGUGAAGAGCAACGAGAGCAACAACACAUACGAUGGCGUCGAUAUUGGCGGCGAGCGCGUCACGCACGAGAUCGAGAACGAAGUGGCGUCGCUAGAGAAGCAGGGCGCAAAGUUGAAGAAGAUCAGCAUCACCGGAUAUUCUCUAGGAGGACUCGUCUCGCGAUAUGCCGUCGGACUUCUCUACAAAAACGGAUUCUUCGACAAGUACGAGCCCGUAAAUUUCACCACAUUCGCGUCGCCUCAUGUUGGGAUUCGCGCGCCCAUGGCCAGCUGGCGGACGUCGAUAUGGAAUUAUCUGGGGGGGAGGACAUUGGGAAAUUCGGGUCAACAAAUCUUCAUCACCGACAAUUUCCGAGGCACCGGUCGUCCGCUGCUUACGAUCAUGGCGGAUCCGACCAGCAUUUUCGUCAAGGGGUUGAAAAUGUUCAAGAACAAAUCCAUCUACGCCAACACCAUGAAUGACCGAAGUGUCCCGUAUUGGUCAGCAUACUUCAGCCGCGUCAACCCCUACGUCGAUUUCAACCGAGUACAAGUCUACUACCUGCCGAACCAACCCGAAGGCGAGCUGGAAGUAAUCUUGGAUCCCGCGCGGCCCUCGGUGCCCAAAAAGUCCGUCCGGGACGAACUAACGACCUACCAAAAAUGGACGUACAUCGACACCCGGACGAUCAAAAGCGUGCAGAUGUACAUGGUCGUCGGCGUCAUGCUCCCGCUCGUCAUCCCCCUCUUCCUCCUCAACGCCGGCUGGCAGACCGUGCAAUCCGGCCAACGCCUGAAACAACACGAGUCCGGCAAAGUCUUCGACCUGAGCCGCUACCGCCAGAAGCUCCUCGAAGAAGCCAACGCCGUGCGCGACCACAUCAGCGAGCGCUCCAUGAACUCGAAGAACCCCGGCUACCUGCCGACGCCGCCCCCCGAAUCGGUCCCCGCCAGCGAAAUCCCCGAGGGCGCCAAACCCGCCAUCGAACUCAGCAAGCGCGAACGGGCCCGUGAACACGGCGGCCCCUGGCCGAUUCUGGCCCUCACCAAGGAUCAAUUCGACAUCAUCGACGGGUUGAACUCGCUCGACAUCGCGAAAUACGAGUGCCACAUCCGCCGGGUGCGGCAUACCCACGCGGCCAUCAUCGUCCGGACGCCACGCGGGAGUUUCACAGAAGGCAAAGUGGUGGUGGCACAUUGGGCGCGAGGGUUCGAGGUAUAAGACGAUUGCUUUGGGUAAAUUCGUCUUUCAUUUGUCUUGACGGAUUGGCGUGAUGCGGUUGUCGAAUUCUUUGGGCGACGGAUGGGAUGAAGGAAAUAAGGAUGAUGUGUUUUCCAGACUAUUUAGAUUUGGUCACAGAUGAAUGAAAUUGAUACAGCGCUGGUACAUCUCUUCGGCGGACAAGAUGACAGAAAUGUCAAUUGGCUUGCUCCCAUCUGUAUAUUUGAAACGAGUUCGGCGUCGGUAUACCAUCCAAUGUC